GCGCUGUUGUUUGGCGAGGAUGUGGCCCAGAAAGGAGGGGUCUACACCGUCACCAGACAACUGCAACAGCGGUUUGGCGCGCCGCGGGUGUUCAAUACACUGCUGGAUGAGCAGACGAUCCUCGGCCUGGCUCAGGGCUACGCCAACAUGGGCAUGCUGCCGAUACCGGAAAUUCAAUAUUUGGCCUAUUUUCACAAUGCCUGUGAUCAGAUUCGCGGCGAAGCCAGCUCGCUGCAGUUUUUUUCUGACGCUAAAUUUGCCAAUCCGAUGCUGAUAAGGGUAGCCGGGCUCGGUUAUCAGAAGGGAUUUGGCGGUCAUUUUCACAACGACACCUCAACCACGGCACUGCGGGACAUUCCUGGCUUGAUUGUCGCCUGCCCGUCCCGGGGGGACGACGCGGCGGCAAUGCUGCGUACCCUGGCAGCCGCGGGCGUGCGCAGCGGGCGAGUCAGCAUGAUGAUUGAACCUAUCGCGUUGUAUAUGACCCGCGAUCUAUACGAAUCGGGUGACGGCGGCUGGCUGUUUGACUACCCCGCGCCUGACCUGUUUAUUGGGGUGGGGGAGCCACGUAUUUACCACCCGUUUGCCAGUGAUCUGCUGAUUAUCAGCUAUGGUAAUGGCCUGCCUAUGAGUCUGCGUGUUGCCCACCAGCUCAAACAAGAGCACGGCCUGGCCGUGCGGGCGAGUGCCUGUGAGCGAGUGCUGGUGGUAGACGAGGGGCGCCAUAGUGGCGGCGUUGCUGAGGGCGUUAUGGCGGCUAUUGCUGAGGCAGAUCAGUGCAAUCCAACCAUGGCCCGGAUCUGCGGGGCCGAUUGUUUUACCCCGCUGGGCCCCGCUGCGUCACUGGUAUUGCCCGAUGAGGAGCGCAUUACCAGCGCCGCCAUGAAGUUGGUGGAAGUGGCGCCAUCACAGGGAUGA